CCUUAAAUCCCUGUACGGGAGUACAAAAUUUACCAAUUAGGGAAUACGUGCAAGCCAACUCAACUUUUGAUUGGCUAAGCACCACCCGGUCUAUUUGCUCCGGAAGUACCGGGGUAUAUCGUUGUCGUCACAGAUAUGUACAUGAAAAAUCCAGAUGUCGUUCGGAUCCUCGAUGGAUAUUUUCAGAAAUAUGUAUCUCGUCACAUGAGCUCUAUUGGCCGUAGAUUCCGGUUCCGAGUCUUCAAGCGCAGGAAAUCCCGGAUAAGUCGCUAGAGGCAAUUAAGCCUUUGGCCUGUAAGUUAGGUUCCUGCCAAGGUUUACCUAUUAUAAACCGCACUUGCCUGCAACUACCGUUGCUCUUUCUUCCCAAGACCAAAUAGAGCCCGACAAGUUUUUGUUAAAGUAGGUACUUGCCUACCUCGGAAUAAAUUAUUUACCAUACAUAUUCAACCUUUUCAACUUAUUUUGCUGUCAGCGUUCCGUCUUUUGGACGAGUUUGGCCGCACAUCCCCGACAUCCACGACAUCUGCGCGUGUUAGCACCGAGAUUAUAGAGACGCCCGGCAACGACGUAAUGGCGCCUUCUAUAAGGCUGAAGAAACCUCUCCUCAUACUCAACCGAAUCAUCGGACAUACGUCCGCUAAGAACCACAUCACGAAGGUUCAUCUUGGCGACACAGAGGGAUUAGAUUCCGAAUCGGACAAGAAACACCUGAAGGCUAUAUACAAGAAGCGGGCUAAGAAAGAAUCACAACAAGAGGAAAGAAAAUCUCUACAAGCAAAGAAGAGAGAGGAGGAAGAAAGAGCACUGUCCACCGAGCCACCAGAGAUACGAUCAAACUAUGGCACGAUCGACGCGGAACUUCUACCGCCAUCGUUUCUGCUAGAACAUCUAUCGGCCGACCACAUUGGACAGACCAUCAGCUUCAAUGCGCGACUACACCAUGUGCGGUCUGUAAGCUCAAAGCUAGCCUUCAUCCUUCUGCGUCAACAGGUUGACACUGUCCAAGGCGUUCUGCAAGUCCGAGAAGGGGCUGUAUCGGAAAACUUUGUACGAUGGGCUGAGCAUUUGAAUACCGAGUGCGUGGUACACGUUCAAGGUACUGUACGCGAGCCGCCAGAACAUAUCAAGACCUGUAGCAUACACGAUCUCGAGAUUCACAUCGACAGCAUGCACGUCCUGGUCCAAGUAGAGGACCCCCUAGCCAUUGAUGUUUACAACAUGGAACAGGUGGAAGAAAAGGACGAGAGUCACGAGACUCAACUCGCAGUCUCAAAUCGAGUCCGCUCCGCGAACCGAAUCCUCUUCCUCCGGACCCCAGUCAUGCAAAGCGUUUUCCGCAUCCGUUCUUCCAUCUGCAACAUAUUCCGCUCCACACUUGACGAGCAGGGUUUCAUUGAAAUUCAAACACCCAAGCUCCAGCCCGCUGCGACCGAAUCGGGUGCAGAAGUCUUCAGAGUCAAUUAUUUCGGCAGAAACGCUUUUCUGGCACAGAGUCCGCAAUUGGCAAAGCAGAUGGCAAUUUCUUCCGAUUUUGGCCGCGUCUUUGAGAUCGGGCCCGUUUUCAGAGCCGAGGAUAGCAACACUCACAGGCAUUUAACUGAAUAUACCGGUCUAGAUUUGGAAAUGGCGAUUUCCAAAGACUAUCACGAAGCUAUGGAUGUGAUUGACGAGUUGCUAAAAUCCAUAUUCAAGGGCGUUUACGCUCGAUGCCGCAAGGAAAUUGACAAUGUCAAGACCAAGUUCCCUCAUGAGGAUCUCGUCUGGCUGGAACAAACUCCGCGCCUCACCUUCAAGGAGGGAGUUCAGUUGUUGAAUUCAUCGGGAUGGACGGAUGAUGACGGCAGGCCAGCUGCUGAGGACGAGGAUCUUGGGACUCGGUCCGAAAUUCGACUUGGCCAGCUGGUGAAGGAGAAAUAUGGGACUGAUUACUUCAUCCUUGACAAGUUCCCAACAUCGGCACGACCUUUCUACACGCAUCUGGACCCGAACGACGAUACGGUCACGAAUUCUUUCGAUAUAUUUCUCCGAGGUCAGGAGAUCACUACAGGUGGCCAGAGAAUCAACAAUCCACGGCUAUUAGCUGAGAGGAUGAAGAAGGCAGGAGUGGACCCGGAUGGAAUGGAAGAGUAUAUGCAGGCUUUCGAGUGGGGGGCGCCCCCACACGCAGGUUGUGGUAUUGGCCUUGAACGUGUACUAUUCCUACUACUAAACUUAGGAGACGUUCGAAAUGCCACCCUCUUCCCGAGAGAUCCGAAAUCACUACCAGCGAAGAAACCGGGAUCCGAUAAGCUUCCGUUCCCCGAAGCUGAUACUGUCCGUUAUGCCUUCGAGGGGGAGCACGACCAUGUUCACCUCCCUGACCUAGAGAAGCUCAUCGUAAACUAUGGUGAUGCGACAAACACUUCUUGGCUCGAUGAACGGUAUAAAGUCUGGCGGGAUACCGAAACCGGAGCGGCAGUGGGAUACGCCGAGGAAAACAAAUAUGCGAUGAUCAUGGGAAAUCCACUCUGCGACCCACGCCAGUAUGGCAUCGUUAUUAGUUCUUUCCUGAAGUACCUAAAGAAGCAUGAGGAUCUCCGGCCUAUUUGGAUCUUGGCAUCGGCGCAAGUUGAAGAGAUCUUAGGUGCGAAGCUCGGAUGGCGAACACUAACAUGUGUGGCCGAGGAGCGCGUUGAUGUAGGCAACGCGAACAGGGUGGUUAAGAAGGAACGCCAAGCAAAGAACGCCGAAGUGAAAAUCCACGAAACGGCCCUUGGACAACCGGUGCCCGACGAUGUGAGGGCUAAAUGUGACAAGCGAAUCGAAGACUGGAAGGAAGGCCGCAAAGGUCGCAAGCAGGUGCAUAUCACCGAAGUUCGGCCAUGGGUAGCGAUGGCUCACCGUCGCUAUCUCUGGGCUGAGGACAAGAACGGCGAGAUUGUAGGGCUUGUCAUCUUGCACCGUCUCUCGCCCGAACACGGUUAUCAAAUUAAGUUCGCCCUCGACUUCCCUGGUUCGCCAUCCGGAAGUAUCGAAGCCCUCAUCUCCCGCGCCAUUCAGAGCCUUACAGCUUCAGGUAUUAACAGUGUAACUUUCGGUGCGGGUGCCAUGGAUGAGUUACUCAUCGGCAGCAACCUAAACGGCAUCAAAGCCAGACUUCUCAGUCGCACGUACAAGACAGUGGCACAGCAACUGAAGUUAAUCGCGAAGAGCGAGUUCAGGGAGAAGUUUGGCGUUAAACAUGAUCCGGUUUAUAUCUGCUACCCUUUCAUGGGCCUUGGGGUUUCGGGAGCCAGGACGUUGAUCAAGUUUUUCGAAGACGAGAUGUAGACUUAGGUAAUUAUAUUCUCACGUAUGACGACGCCGCUUCUUCUUGUCCCCCUUUACUUUGUGUACUGAAAUGGCUUGGCUGGGCGGAGUUUAUUUGUUUUUGGAUUUGAAUAUACCAGGAUAGAUGGUCUGGAAGCAGUUGAUGAGUGUGUACUGAGUAACGAUAGAUACCCGUCGGUGGUAAUGUAUCUCAGAUGAGGAUUAAAAUAGAUCAUAAUGGACUAAGUAUCGUUAAGAUCAUGAAUCGGGUGAAAGCAGAAGAUAUUUUAAGCAAAC